UCCUGAGCUGUCGGCAGCCUUCAGUCACUGGUUGAAGUUAACUUUGAGCUAUCGUUCAAACCCUGUCGGAGCUGUGUUUCAGAGUUGUUUGCUGACAGAACUGAGGUGUUUUUGGACUUUGUGAGCCGCAGGUUCGACCAUGGAGCCAGCCCGGCCGUGUUUGUGUCUGCUGUCCGUGUUUGUGUCGCUGCUCUCGGACAGGUUUGUGGCGGUGCUCGCCUUCUCCCAGGCUGCGGACAGCGACUUCACGUUCACCCUACCUGCUGGUCGGAAGGAGUGUUUCUACCAAACCAUGAAGGCAGAGGGCUCGCUGGAAAUUGAAUAUCAGGUGGACACCAUCAACAACGUGAAGUCUCGGCUGGGCAAAAGCUCGCAGAUCCAGGCGGUGCUGCGGGCUUUUGAAGCUCGCGACCGAAACAUCCAGGAGAGUAACUUUGACAGGGUGAACUUCUGGUCUGUGGUCAACCUGUGUGUGAUGCUGCUGGUGUCGGCUGUUCAGGUCUAUCUGCUCCGCUCGUUGUUCACAGACAAAAGGAAAAUUCGCACGUAACGCUACAUGUAUUGUAAGGACAAGAAACUAUAAUGUUACAAAUAAUGUUUGUUUUUCAGGUUUUCUUUCCUAAUGUUUCACACACAAAAUCUGCAUUAAUACAGACACAGUUCUUAUUGUCAGUCCUAUCAGUCCCUCUACUCUUCAUUCAUUAUAUCUCUUUAUCUAGARUUGUACUUUUUAUACAAUCCUUUCUACCUGCUCAAGUUGUUUACUAAAACACUGCAAAAACUGUC